UCGAGCGAAGCCAAGACCGUCUUGACCGUUCCCCCUCGUAAAACUGAGAGUACUUCUAAGAAAUCUACCGGAAAGUCAAAGUCAAACAAGAAAGAUGAAAAAGUUGGAAGACCUCCACCAUUGGACGACGACGAAGACCCGUUCCCAUUUAUUAGAGGUGAAAGUGCGGGGAGUCACACUAAGACUUUCCGUUUUUCACCCUCGACUGGAAAUAUUAAUAAGAUAUUGGACUGGAAGCGCGUAAUCAAUGGUUCCACUGCCUGGGAUGAGAUCUGUGCGCAGUGUAACGUGAAAGGAGACGCGUUUCCAUACAAAAAGGAAGUCCGUGUUGAAGGUGAGAAACCAGAAGAUGUUGAUGAAGCCAUAAGAAGACUACAAGCAUUAGAGGAAAUAUAUAAAAGAAGACCUGUUAAAAUCGAGAUACCACUCGUUCAUCUUAUGAAUAGGACGGUUCGCUUUAAGUUGCGUUUCUUGGCACUUGAGCAGCAUUUAUAUUUUAGCGAAACGUUUAAGAGAGAAGAUCUUAAAAAUCCAUAUAUAUUAACACUGGUCAUAAAAGAUGCAAAACAAAAUUGGCUGAAUCCCCAUUUUAGUGAAAAAAGCAAAGAGUUCCCAGGAGUUGAAUCGAAAAGUAGUAAAAACACCAACUCACAAGGUCAAAAGCAGGAUAAUUUUGAUUCUUACAACUGGCCAGCUAUAGAUCCUCCCAGAACUCAGACACCAUGGACGGAUUCGCCGAGCACUUCAACAUCCUCACCUGGAAAAAGAGAUGGUUUACAAGCACCGAUUUCCAGUUCAGAGUAUCCGGAACGUUUUGCUCCUGCGGAAGAACAGAAAAAAACUCUUAAGGAGGCCGAAAGGGCUCGACUAGCUGAGGCAAGAAAAACUCGGGCGAUUAAAUAUGGAGGUGCGGAAGAUGUCCCAAACGAAAAAACUUCCACGGGUUGGUAUAUGCCGGCAGAGCCACUCGACGAAAAAAAGCACGAUGAUGAUUUUAUGAAUGUACCAGUUAAUCCCAUGACUCUGGAAAAAAGUCCUAAAGUCGCUAGCAAUACAAAACCGGGCGACGCCGUCAGAAAUUAUAACUUUGCACAAAUGAAACAGGCAUUAGAAUCAGGCGUGACCGACUCGGAGGAUGUUAGUCAACUAUUGGCCGGGGUUUUAGGCGAUAGGCCGUACAAUGAAUCCUCGUUUUUUGAGAUCGUGGCUAACGCCAGAAACAAUGCCACGGAACAAUAUAACAAAGUAUUCAUGCAUGUCAGCUGUGCUGUCGUUUUGGAAAAGGUUUAUUUGGCCUGGGAUAAUCAUGUAAACGCUUAUUGGACGAUAUUGGAUCGCAAAUUCGAUUUUGCAUUGAACUUAAGCACAAGGCGAUACAUUCGCUCCAAUAUCAAACCGUUCACCAAAUUCAUCAAAAGGACGACCAUCAGUCCAGAUCAAAACGUGAUAACGUGUGAGAACAUUGAACAUCUUCUUAAAGUCGACUCCAUCAGCUAUAAAACGGUCUCGAAAUACAAGUUGCAUUUUCCAUUUAUCGCCGAGCUUACUCGAAUUGAGAAACGCACAUUGAUAGAUCAACCGGAUUUCAAUAAAGUUGUAGGUAAAACCGAGGAAGGUAAUAUUCAUUGGACUAUUGAGAUUUUAAACGUCAACCACCUAGAUCAUUUCGGAGAAAAUGAAACGUUGGAUGCUGGUAAUACUGCGAGAUGGACGACCAAAGACAUUGUCGGCGAGGAACCGAGUAUGUCGGGAAUGGUCGAAUAUAUUAAAGCCAUGUUAAUUUUGACUGACCGUUGUACCAAU